CAGGCGUGGUGCAUCCAAUUUGGGGUGAGGACUCCUGUGCUCCUUUUUUUGAGCUUGUUUUGCUUGUCUUAACGUGUUAUUAACAUUUUAAGUGGCUUGGGACAGAGAUUGAAAACGGACUUUAGUUGAAUACUUUUUGUGCUUUGAUACUUUUGACCAUCAAGAGGACCAUGAAGAGGACCACCCAUCUUCGCCGGACUGCCCCAAUCUCCAGGAAGAAGUUUUUUUAAUUAAUUCAUUUCAAAGUUCUGUUGUUGCCUUUUUUUGCGAUAUUUGUCAUAACGUGUUAUUAAAAUUUUAAUUGACUGGGAUUGAGGUUAAACCGGACUUUAGUUUAAUAUGUUUUGUGCUAUUUUCAUUUUUUAUGUAUGUGUUUAUGUUGUGUUUGUGACCCUCCCUUUUUUUCCGUGCUUGUAUGUUCUGCAUAUUUAUUUGAAAUUGUUGUUGUUUUCCAUUUAUUGUGAUUUGUCCUUGUAUUUUUAUCGUGUCCUUUUCCCCUGCCAUUCUAAUUUCCUUCCUUCCCUGCAGUUUUUCCCCUUUAAUUAUUGA